GGUUAAAGAAUUUUUCUUCAUUAUUUGGAGCGGGGUUGCGUGCCUAGAUUAUGACCCUCCCGGCUUCCCUUCAGACGGCAUAGUGGCAGAGCCUUUUGCACUGGUAUACGUCCUUUCUAUUUGGAGAGCGGGGUUGGAACUUCGAGGUGGAUAUCGAAAGUUGGGAGUCUGGUUGCCCCCAAAGCUAUUUGAAAGGAUACCGAAAGUCGAAAGCUCCCCAAUUGAACUCGAGAGAAACCUACACUACUACUACUUCUACUGCUACUUUCCCGCGGUGGCAGAGGUUAGCGCUUAGCGCGAUUCGAAUGCCCUCAUUUUUUGCAUCUAAAUCCCUAAUUCUUUGCUUUUGAAAAUCCCCGUAUUCCUUUCACAUGGUGGCUUCAAUCCUUAAUGCUCUCAUUCAGAUUGGGACGUUCUGGACACUUGGGACUCAAAGCGGAGAUAACACUUUUGCAAACAGAAUUCAUGGACAGGAGGAAGCUACUGGACUCUGCUAAAUUGACUUCUAUGAGUGGUGAAGUCCUGCUCCGUGCAUUGGGGAUUUAUAUUAACCAUUUUUAGUUUGGGAUAAGGGCUACAUAUGUCUGGACUAUUACCUGGAGAUCCCUCACAUCAUGGAAUGGUCGAAAGUGGGCCAUACAGCUUUUCUCAUGAUAAGCCAGAGGAUGGAGAUCGCUGGUAUUUCUCUAGGAAGGAAAUCGCUGAAAACUCGCCAUCCAGAAGAGAUGGCAUUGACUUGAAGAAAGAGACAUAUUUACGCAAGUCAUACUGCACAUUUCUACAGGAUUUGGGCAUGAGGCUUAAAGUACCCCAGGUAACAAUAGCUACAGCAAUAAUAUUUUGCCAUCGCUUUUUCCUUCGUCAAUCUCAUGCAAAGAAUGAUCGGAGGACAAUUGCGACAGUAUGCAUGUUCCUUGCGGGGAAGGUUGAGGAGACUCCUCGGCCGCUAAAGGAUGUUAUCCUUGUUUCUUAUGAAAUAAUCUAUAAAAAAGAUCCUGCUGCGGUUCAUAGAAUCAAACAGAAGGAAAUAUAUGAACAACAGAAAGAACUGAUUUUACUUGGAGAGAGGGUUGUACUUGCAACUCUUGGUUUUGACCUCAAUGUGCAGCAUCCUUAUAAACCACUUGUUGAAGCAAUAAAAAAGUUCAAGGUUGCACAGAAUGCUCUUGCCCAAGUAGCUUGGAAUUUUGUCAAUGAUGGGCUGCGGACGUCACUCUGCCUGCAAUUUAAGCCUCACCACAUUGCGGCAGGAGCCAUCUUUCUUGCUGCCAAGUUCCUCAAAGUGAAGCUCCCAUCUGAUGGUGAGAAGGUCUGGUGGCAAGAAUUUGAUGUCACCCCACGCCAGUUGGAGGAGGUUAGCAAUCAAAUGUUGGAACUAUAUGAACAGAACCGAUUGCCACCUGCCCAAGGAAGUGAAGUUGAAGGAAGUGCUGGAGCUGGGACUAGUCAUCGGGCCCCUGCAAAAACUGCUACUUCCAAUGACGAACCAGUGCUAGCCAAUGGCAGUGCUCAAGCUGGAGAUGUUGCUAUUACAAAGGCUGGAGCUUCAGUGCGAUCAUCGUCUAGAACAGUGUCCGAUCAGUCACAUGUUGAUGAUCAGGGUGUUCCUCAAAAAAUUACCCAAAAUCGCAGUAAUGAAUGUGGUAAAUCAGUUUGGGGUCAUGAGGAGGAUGGAGAAAUUCAAGUUUUUCGGCAUCCUGAACAGGAGCUAUUCCCGUACAGUAGGGAUUAUGGGGGAGAUCCGCAUGAUGCUAUUAAAAAGAUUGACAAGGACAAAGUAAAGGCAGCACUGGAAAAAAGGAGGAAAUCUCGUGGUGAUGUGGCUCUAAAAAUGGAGCUGAUGGAUGAGGAUGAUCUUAUUGAGAGGGAGCUGGAAGAUGGUGUUGAAUUGGCAGUUGAAGAUGAGAAAAUCAAGCAAGAGAGGAGAAAGAGCUGGUCUAAGCUUUCAAACAGACUAGAACACAAGAAUCAAAAUUAUGUGAAGGAUUACAAUGAUAUUGGACAUGGACAGCCAUCACAGGGACCAGAUGUGGAGAAUGUAGAAGAAGGAGAGUUAUCUUUGUACGAUAAUGCGGACAGAAGAAAUCAGUCUCCCAAGUCGAAUGGUCACCAGAGAAGGCUUGGGAGCUCACCAGAGAAACGAUUUGAGGGGAAACAGCGGCACGAUCUGUCGGUGGGGUAUCAUGAUAGUCGUCAUGAUACUAUGGAAGAUGGAAACAGGACAGGCCGGAAUGGUUAUGUAGAAAGGGACCACAAAAAGCAUGCACAGGAAAAUCACAUGUGAGAUGUGAGUGCUUAAAGUAUACAUAUAGUGCUACAGGUGGGUUGCCAACGUGCAUUAAUUGUUUGUAUAUGAGGAGGAAUUGGGGCUGCCGUCAUAAAAUCAUGGUAAUGGAGGGACUGGAUGCUUCAGGUUCAAUUCAAAUAUAGCCACUGAAGGUAAUAGGGCUCAUUGUAGCUGUAUUUGGGGAAGUACUGUACAAACAAUGGGGUGUAUAAUUUUAAAGGGUAGGACUCACUCCCUGUUCCAUUACUUUUUUACACUUUCUCAAUUGAUCUAGUGUUGGUGAGGAUAUUCCUCUGGUCGACAAAAACUAUCCUACGUCACUGAGAUCAUGAUAACAAAGGUUUACCAAGCAUGCUGACUUCUUCAGUAGGUGAGCCUGUACCUGGGAUGGAGCUUGAUCAUCGGUGUUGGUAGUUGUCAAAACUUGUAAUGGCUGGUAGUGCCCUGCAUAAUUGUCAAGGUGUCGCCUAGGCGACGACUAGGCGUCCAGGCGGUUUGCCUGGGGCCUAGGCGACAGCUGUCUUGUUGCACUGCAUAUCGUCUUGUGUUUCGGCAGUUAUUUAUGCCAAAUAUCAUUCAAUUAAAUGUUUUUAAUAUUUA